AUGUAUACAUUUUUAACAUUACCUAUCGAACUCGUUUACCGAAUUAUGGAUUAUCAAAGUGAUUUUACACUAUUCUAUUCAAUGCAAAACGUUUGCCAACGUCUGAAUCAAAUUCUUAACACUUAUCAUCGAUACCAAACAUUGACCACACUAGAUCUCUCAGCAAAACAAAUCCGUGAUCGAGAAGCACAACAUAUAGGCUAUGCAUUGCGCACUAACAAGACUCUCGCCAUACUAGAACUUGGCAGGAACCACAUCGGCAUUGAAGGGAUACAAUAUAUUGCGGAUGCCUUGCGAACUAAUACAACACUCACUACACUAGAUCUUCGUAAAAAUAUAAUUGGUGAUCAAGCAGUACAACAUAUGAGUAAUGCAUUGCGAAGCAACACAACGAUCACUGAAUUAUAUCUCAAAGGCAACAAAAUUGGUCAUCAAGGCGCACAAUAUCUUAGUGAUGCUUUGCGAACAAACAUGACACUCACUACACUACAUCUCAGCUUUAAUGAAAUCGCCGAUGAAGGAGCAGAACAUCUAGCUGAUGCAUUGCAAGCGAACACGACAUUAACCAGACUACAUCUUACUUCGAAUCAAAUUCACCAUAAAGGAGCACAACAUAUCGGUGAUGCUUUACGCGUGAACAAUAUACUCGCCACACUGUAUCUCAGCGAGAACUAUAUCGGCAAUAAAGGAUCACAGCAUAUUGGUGAUGCAUUGCGAUCAAAUACGGGACUCACCAAACUAAGACUCGAUUGUAAUCAAAUCGAUGGACAAGGAUCAGAACAUAUUGGUUAUGGAUUGCGAUCCAACACUACACUCGUCACACUUGAUCUCCGUUAUAAUCAAAUUAGCCGUCAAGGUGCAGAACAUAUUGCUGACGCUUUACGAACGAAUGCGGUACUCAUUACACUACAUCUCCACUGUAAUAGAAUUGGCGAUCAAGGUGCACAACAUAUUGCGGAUGCUUUGCGAACGAAUAAGACACUUGCCAUAUUACAUCUCAAUUCUAAUCAAAUCGGCGAUGAAGGAGGACAACAUCUUGGUGAUGCGUUACGAACGAACACGGCACUUAUUACAUUAGAUUUCGGCAACAAUCUGAUCGGGGAUCAAGGAGCACAAUAUAUUGGUGGUGGAUUGCAAACGAACGCAACAUUGACCUCACUACAUCUCAGUAACAAUCAGAUCGGGCAUCAAGGGAUACGGCAUAUUAGUGAUGCACUACGAGUGAACGUAACACUUACUACACUCGAUCUCGGUUCGAAUCAAUUCGGUGACGAAGGAGCACAACAUCUUGCUGAUGCAUUGCGAACGAAUAGGACACUCAAUACGCUAAAUAUCCACUAUAAUGAAAUCGGUGAUCAAGGUGCACAAUAUCUUGCUGACGCGUUGAAGACCAACAUAACACUCACUGAACUACAACUUAACAAUAAUAAAGUUGGCGAUCAAGCAGCACAACAUAUUGCUGAUGCGUUGCGAACGAAUAUGACACUUAUCACAUUAUAUCUCAGUUGGAAUCAAAUCAGUGAUCAAGGAGUACAAUAUCUUGACGAUGCGUUGCGAGCAAAUACAACCCUCACCACACUAAACCUAUAUUGGAAUCAAAUUAGCUCUGCACGAGUACAAAAUUUUCGAGAUACUUUUGUAGACAGGGUGAAAUGUUAG